GCUGCAUGUCCAUGUAUGUAGGGUACCAGUUUGUGAAUGGGGGAAAUUUUUUCCUCCCUGGCCGCGCAGCUACACGUCGAUGCAGAAAGGUCAGGUCGGAAUGGAUAAUUGCAGGGAUCAAGAGUAGACACAGACAUGGGUAAUUCUAGCAAUUAGGGGUGCAAAUUAUUCUAGUCCCUGUCACAUUUGACACAUCAUUUGUAAGGUUAGAACCAUUUCUCUAAGUUGGGAGAGUGAUAGAAUUAAUGCAAAUUUGCCAAAUUGCAUUGCAUACAUACAUGUAUGCCCAGUGUCAAAUGACACAGUUGAGGUGCAACAGGGGACACAAAAAUGUCACACUUUUGGUCCCCGAAUUUAUAGAAUGACCCACCUGUACAUGUAGUUAGCAAGUGUACCAGAAGAGCUGGCUUUAAAAGGCAUCUGCAGUAGCACACUUUGCACUUGUUCGAAGGCCAUUUCUGUAGCCCCUCCCCACCUGCUCAGAGAUUAGAGAAAGGGGGAAAAAUGGCCAGUUUUUUAACUAUGACUGGACCCAUUGAUUUUACCCCUCCCCUUCUAGAAAAUGUGGACCCCUCCAAGUUGCCCCCCUCCCCAAGAUACAUGUAUACCCCAGUCACGCCACUGCAUCCCACGUGUACGAAAGUUUCAUGAACCCUUGAUCAGCAGGACGUCAUCGACACAUUAAUACUGUUUGAGUUUGAUAUGAAGAUUGUUGAAGCCCGCCCACAUUUCCAGGCACCAGGUCAUUAAACAUUUGCCAAAACUUUAAAAGGUCCUCCACUGUGCGCCUCACCGUGACCAGCAGUGCACCCACGCUCAUUUGGGUUUCUGCUCCGAUAUUCCUGUACGUGUACACGUGUAUAUUGCAUACAGUGUACCUUCUGUUUCGGAAAGAGUCACGUGUGGGGUCGACAUGCAAAGGUUAUCGGCAACUUUCAUCAUCGGGAAGAUGGAGACGGGCCGCUCCUUCAUGAAGGAUGGGUGGUACUACGACGUCUGGGAUGGCCAGGUCUACUGCCACAAAGUGGAGGAGGUCCUGUUCAGAAAGACCACCAAAUAUCAAGAGGUGCUCAUCUUCAAAAGUAAAAACAGCGGGAAACUCUUGGUGUUGGAUGGAGAUGUGCAGUGCGCAGAGAAGGACGAGUUUGGCUACCAAGAGAUGAUAGCUCAUGUGCCCAUGGCAUGCCACCCUAACCCCAAGAAAGUGCUCAUCGUCGGCGGUGGGGAUGGGGGCGUCAUCCGUGAACUGUCUAAGCAUCCCGAGGUGGAACAGAUCACCCUCUGCGAAAUUGACGAGGAGGUAAUCAGAGCAUGCAAGGAGUUCAUGCCAUCCAUGGCCAAGGGCUUCAGCAGCAGCAAGCUGACGGUGCACAUCGGUGACGGAUUCCAGUUUGUCAAGCAGCACCAGCAGGCUUUUGACCUGAUCAUCAACGACAUUCCAGACCGGACGGGUGCCAACGACUUGACUAGCCAGAUCUACUCCAGGGAGUACUUUGGCCUCUUGAAAGCGGCCCUGAAGCCCAAUGGCAUGUUCAUCUCGCAAGAGCCGUCGGUGUGGAAUGACUUGAAGUGUGUUCACACAGUCAUGGAGAUGUGCAGCGAAUUCUUCAGUGUGGUGGAUUACAACAUGUGCAUGAUCCCCUCCUUCCCUGACAUGCAAGGCUUUGUCAUGUGCAGCCUCGACCGGAAUACCAAUUUCAGAGAACCGUUGAGGAAAUUAGAUGCUUCGGAUCUGAAAUAUUACAAUUCAGGUAUUCACCGUGCCUCGUUUGCAGUUCCGGAAUUUGCCAGAAAGGAACUCCAAGGAGUGUACAAGCUCUAGCAGCGGGGGUCACUAUCCAUGACUUGGACAACCACGGACAACUUGAGACGUCUCACAGUGACUGUUUAUCUUCUCUCUCUUUUCUUUGACUAUUCAAAUGAUCAGUUUUAGUCUCUAUCCUUGUCAGUUCUUGGGGAAAAAAAGGAAACAGUCACAUUUCUUAGUGCUGCUCAUUAGAUACAAGGAUAUCCUUGCUAUAUUACCAAGAAAGAGCUGAGCAUCCAUGUAGAUGGUGGGGCCAGAUUCUUAAGCACAGAAAUCUGCUAAAAGUGAGCAAACUUGCUGCUAAGCGAAACAAAUGCUGCUAACCAAAAUGUAAGGCAUUCUGUGUACACCUUGACUGAUUCCCAGCUGAUAUUCGCUUAGCACGUAAAUUUGCCAAACAGAUGUGUUCUGAGCUGUGGAGCUGCGGGAUACUGACCCAAGCCGUCAUUUUGGGGAGGAAGGAAUCAGAAGGGGCCAGAGCGAUAGCAUUUUUGCUGGCACCCAUUUACUGGAAGCAGGGGUGAUUGCCAUGCAAUCUGCAUUCACCUUGCCAACAAGACUCUCUCCAUCUUCUCACACACAGACCUUUAUCAUGAUGCGGCCAUGUUUGUCUUGUUCCCUGUAGCCUCCUUUGGCAACAGUAUUACAACUUCACAUUUUGACAAAAGGGAACAGACUGUUUUUCCUUCUAGCCUCAAUUUGGCGACAUUGCUUUGGUUGGUUAAAAAGCAAGAUGGCUGCCCCAUGGAAGAGGUCAAUCCUCUGCUGUUAACUGCAAAUCAGGUGCCAAAGAUCCAUAUUUUCCCCUCUUGGAAUGUUAUACACCUCUGCCCUUUGCCCGAAUUGGGCACCCAAAUAUGGGCUGCCAGUAUACUAACUCGCAUUAAGUUGUUCCUUUGUUCUUUUUUUUUUACGAGGAUAAAUGAAUAAUUUAUGAAUAAAUCAUCUGAAUUAAUAAACUUAAUUAUCAGAAUUCGUGCGAUUUUUAAGGCCACCAGAAAAAAGUUUGUCAGUUUGCGUUCCUCUUGCAGAUUGAAUAUUGACCACUUCCCGCCGGGGUGCCCAGUCUUAGGCACCUUGUGUUUAUAUGCCCAGAGCCGGGGUGCCCGGUUUUGGACAAAAGAGCUGGUCUGUGUAGCAAAAGACCGUACUUGGAACAAGGACCUGCUGC